AUGGCGUCGCGAGUAUUGUUUAUGUUUUUCUUUGGGCUGGUGGCUCACACGUCCGCCCACGUGGCGCUGACGUAUCCACCAGCGAGGCGGUUGGAUUUGGACUUUCUAGACAAUUCGAGAACGAAACCACCAUGCGGGAUGCCUAAAGGAACAUUGAGGACUUCUUUUUUAGCGGGUUCAACAUUUACUGUACAUUGGCAUUUAGCGUAUGCACAUAAAGGUGGUUUUAGCCUAAGAAUCCUGGAUGAUUUAGAGAGACCAGUUUUAGACCUAACACCAAGAGCCGGAGGGUCGGAAUUUGUGAGGGAUGAUGUCACUGCACAAAAGUAUGAAGUGCGUUUACCCAGCGACUUCACGUGCCACAACUGUACACUGCAGCUGCAAAGGGAGGCUGGGGAAUGGGGGCCUACUUACAGAUUUUGGUCCUGCGCAGAUAUUGACAUAGUGCAGCGCAAGGAGUACCACGAGACGUGCUCGGGGCACGGGUUCCACAUCCUGGGCCGCUGCAAGUGCCACAAAGCGCACACGGGCGCGCGCUGUCAGUUCGCGGACGAGUGCGCGGAGGACGGCGAGUGCGGGUUGCGCGGCAAGUGCCUCGACAUCAACGCCACCGAGAGCCCCACGCGCAUGUGCUACUGCCCGCACGGAUUCUACGGGAAGGGGUGCAACAAGAAAGCGCCAUGGAAAGACAAGAAUAUCGAUUUGUCGCUGUACACUAAGAAGGAAUUGUCCAAGCAGUUUGCACUUUACUGGCGCGUGGUCAAGGAUUCCCCGGAGGUAGAGUUCAUCAUGAUGGUCAAUGGAACUUCUUAUGCAGGUAUCGGUUGGAGACCUCGGGGCUUGACCAAGCAAUGCAAGAACUUCCCAGUGCUUGGACCGCCUCCUGAUCAGUCCACAAGCACACAAAAACCGGAACCGUUACCGGAGCCGGAACCUAAAGCCGAAACGGAUCAAAGUCCGGAGCCGAAGUCCGAGCCCGAACCGAAUGCCGAGCCAGCGCCGAAAGCGGAACCCGAACCGGAACCAACUUCAGAACCGGAACCGGCUUCAGAGCCGGAACCGGCUUCAGAGCCGGAACCGGAACCGGCUUCAGAACCAGAACCUGAACCAAGUUCCGAACCUGAACCCGAAUCUGAACCGAGUUCCGAGCCUGAACCAAAGUCUAAACCGAAGGCUACAUAUACUGGUAGGAAAAUCGCUCCGAAUGAUACUAUGGUGAACGAUAGUAGAAACAAACGGGUCGCCACGCAUUCCUUGGAUGAACUGGACUUUAGCAACUUGGGCAACGAUGUCACCGUCAAGACCAGUAUCUCUUAUAAAGUCUCCAGCUCUAAGGGUAGAAAAAAGAGAGCCGCACAGGAACCAAACCAUACCGAUACGACAAAAUCUCAGAAUUCUCCAAAACCCGAACCCAUAUCUACCCCAGAACCGGAACCAAGUUCCGAACCGGAACCGAGUUCCGAACCGGAACCGACUGUAGAAUCAAAGUUUGAACCAAAGAUUUCUCCCAAACCGAAAACUAGGUCCAAAUUCGUUCCCAAAUCCAAGCAACUCUCACAAUUAAAUAAUAGACCAGUAUCGGUUGGACCCAAAGUGGCUCCACAACGAACAUUCGAAUCGACUCCUGAACCAACUCCAGAACCAAAAUCUGAGCCAGAACCUGAACCCACAGCCGAACCGAAAUCAGAACCAGAACCUUCCCCAGAACCCAAAUCCGAACCGGAACCUUCCCCUGAACCUAAAUCUGAACCUGAACCGGAACCUUCCAUUGAACCUAAAUCUGAACCUGAACCUUCCUCAGAACCCAAAUCUGAACCGGAACCGUCCUCUGAACCUAAAUCUGAACCGGAACCUUCACCAGAAUCUAAAUCAGAACCAGAACCCUCUCCGGAACCUAAAUCUGAACCUGAACCAUCCCCAGAACCUAAAUCAGAACCUGAACCAUCUCCGGAACCUAAAUCCGAACCGGAACCUUUACCAGAACCUAAAUCAGAACCAGAAUCCUUCCCAGAACCAACUUCCGAGCCAGAAUCCGCUCCCGAACCCGAAUCUGAACCAGAACCUACCACGGAAGGGGAGGUGGAGAGCCUGCUAGUGAAGGGACUCAAAGAAGAAUCAGGAUACUUCCCAGAUCACGAAUAUUCGCCUAAAUUCGAUUUUAAUGGCAUGGACUGUACCGACUUGGUCAUUGGGACAGCUCGAGGGAACUACCAUCGAGUUCUAGACUACUAUACGAGAGACAGAUCAACUCCCAGAGUGGAUACCUUCUGGGGCGGUCACGAUGAUGUAACGGCGGCUUCGGGAUUCGAAGAGAAUGGCGUCACAACUAUCAUGUUCAGAAGAAAAAUUAAGGCCAAGGAACCGACUGAUCACUCACUAGUAGAUGACCUCAUGCAUGUAAUAUGGGCACAUGGCCAAGAAAAGUCUCCAAAAGGCGACUUUUACAGGCCGGACGAACUUAAAUAUCACGGACAUGGGCAGAGGGGUGUCACGACGAUCAACUUCUUCGAGGAAACGAAAUCAUCGUCUAUGGGAGGACUCCUGCCUUUAGAGGGGGACAAAUGCGGUGGUCAGUGGAAGCUGCCAGCGGACUGUGACCACAAGAACAACACAUGCGACUACCACGCCUCCUGGGAGUACCUCGGUCUUAAACGUGGCAAGGACUCCGUUAAGUUCACCAUUAAGACCAAAUACAGCAAGCUUUGGUCAGGCAUCGGCUUUAGCAAUAAUAAGAAGAUGUCGCAAACGGAUGCUGUGAUUGGUUGGGUGGAUCCUCGAUCCGGACGUCCGUUCGUAACGGACGCUUGGCUAAGCGGAUACUCCAUGCCCAAGUUGGACUCCAGACAGGACAUCAGCAAGCAAACCGUUAGUUUGGAGGAUGGGUACACUACAAUUACUUUUGUGAGGAAGAGGGAUACGGGAGAUACACAGGAUCUCGCGUUCACGGAUACACAAUGCCUGUAUAUAAUGUUCGUAACGCAAGGUGGUGGGUUCGAUCCCGUCAACAAACGGAUGAGCAAACAUCAACAAGUGCCUUUCGUUACCGAAGAAAGAGUCUGCAUUAAACCUUGCGGUCCGGAACCAGUUGAAGAAGAGAUGACAACAGAAGCGGUCGCCCCGGGAGAGGUCGCAUACACAAUGCUCAUUCGCAUAACUGGGUUGGCAGACAGCUUCAAACCUCCGGCAGUCGGCAGUAAGGAAUUCGAGGAGCUUAGUAAACAAGUGGUCGAUGUCUUAGGACAGGAGCUGAGCAGAACUAAAGGAUACAAGGGACUGGCUGUUAAUGGAUUUAUGCAAAAUGAAACUCAAGCGAUAAUCGCAGAGCUGACACUGAGGUCUAUUGACUCUAACUCCUUGGAGGAGUCGAGCCGAUCACUAGAUAGCGCUGUACCCGUCUCUAACAGUACGUUAGAAGAGGAGAGCGAUAAAGAGAAGUGGGAGAGAAUAGUGAAGGACACGAUAAUACAAGGCAGAGUUGGGAACCUGAAUGUUGAUCCACUGUUCCUGUCGUUCGAGCCGCUAAGUUUGGUAUCUACGCGGCCGGUGGUGCAGGAGGCAGGUGUAGGAGGAUGGUGGGGCUGGGGGGGUGCGGGCAAGCUGCACGUGGUGGUGGCGUGCGUGUGCGCGCUGCUGCUGCUGGCCGCGCUGCAGGCUGCCUGCACGCUGGCCGCCGCACGAGCGCGCACCAACCGCAAGGAGCAGUUGAUUCCCAGCAGCGCGUGGAAAGAAUACACGGGCGCGAACACGAACUUCGCGUUCGAGCCGUUCUCGAACGGGGAUAAGGCCCCGGGCACGCUGUCCACACUGUCUCGUCCCCGGGCCGCGGUCACACGCCCCCGCAGCCCGCCGCCGCCGCGGCCCAGCGCUGGACAGCGAGCGUCGCGCCCCACGCCGCCGCCCGCCCCCACGCCCGGCACUGGGCCAGUACGUCGGCACCGAGAUAGCACGCAGCUCUACCACGACACGCGCUCUCUGCAGCGCCCGAGGCACUACUCUUCAUACGCCGUGAGCGAGAGGGACAGAGCAGCCUACUCAUUGCCGCGAGGUCCAGGUGGUACGCGUGGUGGGGGCGGGUUGCGGGGGGGGAGCUCGCAGUGUGAGGGAGGGGGAGGGAGAGGCAGGCGGCGCGCAACCAGACUUUUACUUCAUGCCGUCGCAACGAAAGCACGAAGAUUUUUAAUCACAACACAUCAAUCUUCAGUUACCAUUCACCUGUUCAUUUGUAUUCAUAAAAUUUCGCAACUGUAUAUAAAUAUGCGAAUAGGCUAUUAA